CUCGACGAGGUGGAUAGUCCCGCGAUGCGGGACUUCGGGGCAACACAUUGUCCACCGUUUGCAGCGACUGCAAAACGUAGCGAAGACGGACGACGUGCGCGCAGAAGAGCACCAGCGAGCUUCAUGGGUCCGUGGGGCGGGAGGAGCUUAACUUUGAUCAGACUGACACGCCACGUCAGACUAUCCACACUAUUGCAAAAUUCACAUUUUGAGCUCCCUAUUGUCAAAAUUGUGCGUCGUGUGAUUGAGCUCCUCGACGAUGGCGACGACUGCCACCCCCGCGUGCCCCCGCUGCUCGACACUGGAGAAGGAGCUAGUGGAGCUUCGAGCGCAGAACGAACAGCUUCAAGCACAGUUGAAAAAGGCCCAGACACCGGAUGAGACCGUUAUCAAGCCUCAAGAAGACAAGACCGAGGAGGAUUCACCGGAUACUUCGACGUACUCGCCGUUCUCAAGGGCGGAAUUGCAGCGUUACGGGCGGCAAAUGCUCGUUAAAGAGUUCGGAGUCGAGGCGCAACUCAAGUUGCGUGCUGCGCGCGUGCUGCUGAUUGGCGUCGGGGGACUUGGGUCACCAGUUGCAAUGUACUUGGCCGCUAUGGGAGUCGGGACGUUGGCUGUCGUGGAUGGGGACCAUGUCGACCGUAGCAAUUUGCACCGUCAGAUUCUCCAUGACGAACAGGGAGCAAAGCAACGAGAGAAGAAGGUGGACUCGGCCAAGAGACGACUGCAAGAGAUGAAUCCGUUGGUUCACUGCAUCGUGUACCCGACGCGGUUCACUGCUGCCAACGCUUUGGAUCUUGUUGGCGAGUACGACGUCGUCGUCGACGCCUCGGACAACGUCGGGACUCGUUAUCUCGUUAAUGACGCAUGCGCUCGCCGACGCAAGCCGUUGGUAUCGGGAAGCGCGCUGGGUCUGGAGGGACAAGUGACGGUGUUCACAUACAAGGACGAUGGAAGUGCAACGGGAUGCUACCGGUGCUUGUAUCCGACACCGCCGCGAGUUGCGAUGAGCUGUGCGGAGAACGGUGUUAUCGGAGUUGUGCCCGGAGUGAUCGGAUGUCUUCAAGCAAUGGAAACCGUCAAGGUCGUCACGGGGGUCGGAGAGCCCCUCGAUGGUGUGCAGUGCUUCUACGACGCGUACGACGGACAAUUUCGUCGCUUGAAAAUCGGCAAGAAGCGGAAUCCUGACUGUCCGUCCUGCGGCCAAGGAGCCAUCGGCUCUGAAGUGAUGUCAUUGGACGCUGCUCUACUUGUUGAAGGCACUUGCAAUGAUGGAAAAGCGGUGGACGACCUUGGACCUGAGUUUCGUAUCAGUGGUGAGGAGUUCCAGAAGGUGCGCAAAUCUGUUGAAGGCGAAGGCACGCAACGAAACUAUGUGUUGCUGGACACUCGUGCACAAACGCAGUUCAAUAUGGUGCACUUCCCCGAGGCAGUGAACAUCCCAACGGCUCAGUUGAUGAAGCAGGACCCCUCCAAAGUCAUCGCAGUUUUGCAUGAUGGAGUCUCAAAAGCUGCUGCUGCGUACUCCAACCGAACGUUCGUGAUCUGUCGUCGAGGCGUGGACUCUGUCAAGGUGACACGAUGGCUGCUCCGCGGUGGCGUUGAGAACGUGUUCAACAUCAAUGGCGGAUACACCGAAUACGCGAAAGAAGGCGGCGUAGACCCGACGUUUCCGAUGUAUUAAAGCAUGGGAAGUAUAGCUGAUAAAGCAGCGUUCAUGAGAGAUUUGACUGGUACUAAAUCGGGGAUCCUUAUGAUUUCAUAUGGCAUUGGUAAGGGUAUAAAUCGGUGUAAGGUUAAUAAAAUGGGGGUUGCCUCAUUACCCGCCAGAAAUACGACGAGCGACCACUUACCGCCACGAGCUGAGUGAUUCGCGUACCUACUAACGAGAAAUAGCAUCACGUGCAUUAAAUACGCUUCUGUGAGCUUCGAUGUGUACUGCUAUCUAUUUAUCAAGUUCUGUAUUUGCGCUGUCAUUUCUCGUCAGCAUUAGCGUUUGUCGGUUUUACGUUAAAUCGGCCACCGAAUGCCGUGUGGGUGUCGGACAUUCGGGCUGAUUAGCAUGCAAAUCAGCCGUCCCGGGCUUUGUAAGCCGUGAAGCAGCUAAAUCAGCUUGCCACAUGGCGUUGUAGGCACAACUGACCGCUCUGUCAAAUCAGAGUACAAAUCUUAGUCUGUCGAUCUAAUUAGGAGGUCGGAUUUAGCAAAUCAGACCCGAUUAAGCUUAAUCAUCUACUUAAUCAACCGAUUUAUAUCCCAAUUAGACAAUCUAAUCGGUUUCCACAAUACAUGUAAGCCUACGCGCAAAGCAAACCCUGUAUUUUAAGCGAUCGAUGAUCGCUGCAUCUAAAAUUUUGCUAAGAUUUGGGCCCGUCGCAUGACGUGCACGAGUGCGGGAUUGCAGCUCUACGAAAGCAGCCCUUCGUGCAUCGAGACGUAGUCGACAGGAGUGCGCGUGCGAUGGCUGCGCUUUUCGUCCGUUGGUGGUGAUACUUCGUCGUGCGACGCAGCCACAGUAGUGGGCGAUGGCUGGUCCGACACGCUCUUGGAUUCAUCUUCCUUCCCCUCCUUACCUUCUUCACCCUCGCCUUCGUCCUCUUCCUCACUUCCGUCUUCAUUAUCCUCCUCUUCAUCAGGCUCCUCGUCGCUUCCUUCUUUGACCUCGAAGGUUUCAUCCUCUUCGCUGUCCUCAUCCUUUCCAGCAAACAUGAGCUCGUUGAGCUGGCGAUAGUCGACAUCGGUGCGUUUGCGCUUCCCACGAACAAUCAAAGCCGCAUCGGCCUCCGAGUCGCCGCCGGUUUGGUCGGUGUCGCUGUCCUCCACCGCAGCGCGAUUAAUCGCAGACAUCGUCUUGCUGCGCGUCAGGUGCUCCGAGGACCCGUCGCGGUAGUCAAUGCGCCAGCGCGAAUAUCGUCCUUUAGUCGGUGGCUCAUACUCGGCCACGACCCCAAGAAUCACUUCCCCAGUCUUACGAUCAAUCUUGGCCGCUGGCUCACCCACAAGGUUCAGCUUCUGUUGGACAGGCUUUACGGGGCGGCUAACACUCUUUGACCGCGUCGAUCGACUGCGUAGGAUCGGAAACAACGACAAUGUUAGAUACAAGCUGCUUCACUCCAAGUCCCUUGCUGCAACGUACUGAUUCAGGUCGAUGACGUCGUCCUUGCUGAGGUAAACCAAGUCUUGAGCACUUUCCGGGACCUCCUCGGCCAUCUCCUCUUCUUCGCCGUCUGCCUCUACUGACACUUCGUCAUCUGCGUCGCUUUCUCCCUCCUCGUCGUCCUCAUCAUCGUUGCAAACGAAAUCUUCAUCGUCAUCGUCGUCGUUGUCAGCAGGGGCAGCUCCGCUCUCCUCGCCCGACUGAGCAGCACUGCUCGCGUCCGUCGUUGGUUGCUGCUCAGCUGCAGCCAGCUCCGGGAAAAGGUCGUCGACACUUUCGUACGUCGUACCGAAGACCGAAUUGAUCGACUUAAGACACUCGAACACGGCCAGACACACUUCACAGAACCAAGGCUCCUCACCUGCCGGGAUAUUGACAGUGAGCACAAUCGGCGUCUGGCACUUUUGAUGGUACGCGCGAUGGCACCCAACGCUGUCGCACAGCAGGAUGUCGUUGUCCGCUUCGGUGUCCGUGCUCCCACAGCGCGAGCAGUGCACUUCUUCGAACUUGGCGAGCAGUGGCACUUGCGGUUCAUUCGCGUUCAAUGCCUUCAGCUCGUUCAAACCAUCGAUAAGAGCACGUUGGCCCUUGGCGAUCUUGCGGUGCUCCGUCUCAAGCUCCUUGUUAGGCUUGAGCUUGUCACGACUCGACUUAUUCCAGCCUUCGGCUUCGUAAGCCUCAACGAAGGCGAGGGGGUACCUCAGUCGAUGCGCCUGAAGAUGAAAAGCAGUAUAGGUCAGAACUUAUCGACUAACUGUGCCAAUGGUGUUCAGUACCCUUCAUACCUGGGACUUGAUCUUGUUCUCCAGCCGCUUGAACUCUGGGCGAGCAGGCGUAGGAGGAGCGGGAGGAGCGUUCCCGUCAGCAUCAGGACUCACUUCCUUGGGCUUCCGCGAUUUCCGCGGCGUGUCGGCGGGCGGCGAGAAUGCCGUGGGGGUACGACGCUCGCGUUGCUCUCGCGGCUGCGCCUUGCUGCAGUGCGUGCACAAUAACGUUGAAGUUAGCGGCGUGUAUCAAAGCCGUCCACAAAACAGAGUCUGCACCAGGCCCAUCGACUCCUACUCGGGAGGUCGAGAGACCUAAAGCGUAUCUAACAUCUUUUCGUACAUUGCCGGACGGCGAGCGGAGGCCGGUGGCGCAUAGGCGUCGUCGCUGUCGCUGGACGAGCGCGCUUUCUUCCUGGUGCGGGGCAUCGUCCUCAACUUGGAUGAACCCGUCUAGGUGGUGACUAGCUGGCGGGUUGGUUGACGAGCCUGUGCUUCUUUAUGGCUGGACUUUGGACUGUCGACCUGU